GUAAUUUGCUGUUUAGUCUAUACAUUAACAACUAUUUUCAAAAUUUAUGCAUAAAAAAUUACAUAAUAACAAAAAAGGGAAUUCAAAUUCUGUGGCUUGUGUCAAUUUUCAUUUGUAUUUAUCUGUGUGUUAAAAUAAGUUACUAACAUUCUUAAUUAACUCUUUUACAAUCAAAAGCGUACAAUAGUAUUAUUAACAAUGAAUUUGCAAAUAUUAUCACCUGUACCAACUGUUAUUAAAAAAUCAAACAUGGAUGUAGACGAUGAGUCAAUCCACUUGGUUAAUCCUGGUGAAACAGUAACAACUGAUCAGCAAUUUAUGAGAGGUCAUGGUACUUAUACAGAUGGUGAAGGAACUGUUCUUUCUUCAGUUGCUGGUGCAGUUGAAAGAGUUAAUAAAUUGUUAUCAGUUAGACCUUUGAAAACCCGUUAUACUGCUGAAAUUGGCGAUAUUGUCGUUGGUCGAGUGACUGAAGUUGCUAUGAGAAGAUGGAAGGUGGAUGUUAAUGCUAGACAAGAUGCUAAUCUUUUAUUGAGUUCAGUCAGUCUUCCCGGUGGUGUGCAAAGACGUAAAAAUGAAGCUGAUGAACUUCAAAUGAGACACUUUUUUGCUGAAGGUGAUAUGUUGGUGGCUGAAGUUCAAGCAUUUUACAGCGAUGGUACAAUGGGUCUUCAUACCCGUGGCUUCAAGUUUUGUAAAUUGAGAAAUGGUUCCUUUGUUUGUGUUCCACCUGUUCUUGUUCAGCGCUGUAAAUCACAAUUCCAUUCACUUCCUUGUGGUAUUGACGUCAUUCUUGGUUUGAAUGGUUAUAUUUGGGUUCAUAAAAAGUUUGCAGGUAUUACAGGUGAUGAAACAGAUCCUAGUGUCUAUUAUUCCAGUAUGAAUGAUCCCAUUACUGCAGAAGAAAGACAAGAAAUUGCUCGAGUUUCAAACUGUAUUUCUGCAUUAGCUAAACAGUAUAUGCAUAUUAAUGAUACAAUUAUUGUAUAUACAUAUGAAGCUUCAUUAGAAUAUACUAUUAAAGAUUUACUCAAAUUGGAUGUCAUCGAAGCUAUCACUACAGAGGCCAGUUUAAGGAUGCACGCAAACUAGAAAAAAAAAUGAAUCAUUUAUUCUUUUUGUAAAUAUUUAUAGUGUAGUAGAAUAAAUCUUUAUAUGUAUAUGUAUAUGUAUAUAUAUGUAUAUAUGUAUACAUAUUUUCUGUCUUUCUUCAUUGUUAUAAUUGUUGAUA